UAACAUAAUUUUUAAAGAGAAAAAAAAAAAAAACAUUCUUCUUGGCCUCACAUAUUUGGUGGGUAAAGGGGUGAGGUGAGCUCUCUUCUCUGAGAAGAGAUGGAAAUGGCGGUGGUCUCAGUUGGGAGACCUCAUCACUUACCCUUCUCCUUUCAUUUUUCUAACACUACAACCUUAAACACCUCAACAACUCUCAAGAUUCCGCCAUUAAACCAUCUCAACUUUCUCUCUUCUUCUUCUUCUUCUUCUACUCGUUGCAGAUUAGCUUCUGUCGUGGAACAAGGCUCUUCAUCUCCUUCCUCAGAUGAUUCCGCCAUGGAAGACGGGAACAACACCUCCUUAAGUGGUUGUAAGGCUUGUGGGAGAGAAGAAGUAGAGAAGGGUUGCAAUGGUGAAGGAAGAAUUCAAGGUGGAAUUGCUACAUUUCCAGGGUUUGGUUGGUGGCCAAUAAAGGCUUAUAGACCUUGUCCUGGUUUUGUUGAAUCUGGUGGUAGGUAUAAAAGAACUGGUCAAAGCUUGGAUGAAGUUGCCUUUGGAAGAAGCCAAAGAGAUUAAGUCAUAAAGGUAAAAAAAAAAAAACAACUUACAAUUUACCAUUGCAAAAACAAAGUUGGAAUGAUGAAACAUUGUAUUGUUGAUAUUGAUAGGUUUUGUUUUUAAUUCUAAUCUUGUACACUUGUAUUCUCAAUAUUCUACUUUAAAUGAUGAUUUUUUUUAA